ACAGUUAUCUUAAUCGAGUCGUAGCCUCUUGUGAAACGCUUAGUCUAUGUAUAUAAACCUAUGAAAAGAAUAGCACAUUUCUAUCUACAUAGCAAACGAGUGAACAUAAACUGAAACAUGGAGCUGACAGGCACUUUAACGACACAAAAAAUGCUCGACUUCAUCCAUCAUAGAGUGAGUGCAAUUACUUUCCGGCUAAUGUCCCUGAUGUCCUCCAAAAGUAUUAAAAAUACUAAAGAUUACGAAGAGGAAAUCACGGAGUACAAACUAAUAAAAAUCGAACAUCCCAAAAGUCGUAUUUUUGCGAAACGCGAAAUCAUAUAUCCAAUUAUUUCCGAAUUACCAGACCCAAGAUGGAUAAGAGUCGGCAAUGUCACAAAUUUAUACAUGUAUCCACUAGUAUCGGGCAAAGCAUGCGACGUUGACGAAUGUCAAAUUACUUUUGAUGAGAUGUAUAUGUUCAAAAAAGGCGAAUUAAUAACAUGGGACCGAUCAUUUGUGGUGUAUAAUAAGAAAACCAAAUGCAUAAUGACUAUAAAAAGAUUCCCGGAACUGCUUAAAGUGGGAUUGUCGGUUAAAAAUAAUUACAUAACAUUAGAAACAGACAAAAUGCCCACUUUAUCUGUCAAAUUAGAGAAUAUAGAGAAUAAUGAGUCUGUUAAGUGUUCUUAUUCGUGCUGCAAGAUGUAUGACGUAUUUCCAACAUUCACUUGCGUCGAUUGCGGCGACGAAGUCGCCAAAUGGUUAUGCAGAUUCUUGGACGAUAAAAGCUCCGAACUACGUUUGGGGUAUUCGAUGAGUUUUGUCAAUCCUUCGAGGAUGUACUGGCAAUCCUGGAACGGGCAUGAAUCGUUAUUUAUAGGAAAUUUAUGGAAUGGACACAACUUGGGUCCGUUUAUAAACAUAUUGCCCUUGGAGACAUCCUCAACAAACCAGAUAUCACGAAAGAAAAAGCCUGACACAUUCGAAAUAGAGGAUCAAUACGGCAUGGUUUAUCCAACGAUCACUAUUUCUGCUUCAAAGCAGCACUUGGAGAGGAAAUGGGAGUGGAUCAAAAUCGGCGAUUUAAUCGUCAAGGUUACACAACCGGCGAUAAUUAAAGGAAGUAAUAGGACAUUCGAUGAGAAUGCGUUGUUAUAUGGAUUGGGAGUUAAUAGUAAACUGUAUGAAGCUGGAUAUGUUAAAAAAAAUGACGACAUAUACAUUCAUUUUCCCUGAUAUAAAGAAGAAGCAGAAAUCAUAAAAGGUGUGAUUAAGAAAAGGAAUAGUAUUACUUAAUGUGUUAUUUCUAAUAUAUUCUUAGUUUACGGUUUGUGCUAAUUGUAUUUUUACUCAUAUUUAUCUCCUUAUGGUGUUCCAAGAUUUUUUAUAAAUAAUAAAACAUUUUGAUAAUA